GGAAUCUUCAACGAAUUGUCCGUCGUCAAUGGAUUAUUUAUUCAACGAGUGGUGAUUGUCGCUGAAGUCGCUUCACCGACACGAGAAUCACGGGGAGCAGCUGGAGUCGAGCCGCAACGGGCGGGUGGGGAACGACAGGGGAAGGAGACGGGUCUAACGAACGAAAGACAUGGAGGGCGCAAACGAGUGACUUCUCUGGCAGCGAGAUCGAGACAGAUAGAAAGGCAGAAGAGCGAGAGAUGGAAAAGAAGGCACACAGGGACGGGUGGAGGAGAGCGGUGGAUGGGGCGCCCUGGAUGA